AUUGGAACAUCUAAGUUGCUUCGCCUCCACAAAUCAGAUUUGCCAAUUAUCCAAUUUUUGCACUAUGUUCUAUUCUAUCCAUGCUUCACUCGAAAAGCCUAUCUUUUCCUCAUAAUAAUCUUAUCAGAAAAUAUCACAAUGCUAACCAGCUUAUUAUCCUCUUCUUCCUCGCACACUCUCGUUAGGUUGAUUAAUUCGAAGACACCCAUCUCAGAUUUUCCUUUAAAAUAUACAGCCCAAUUGUCAAAAUCAGUAUCUCAUUCAGUUUCUGGCGGUUCAUUCUCAAUUUUUCACUCCAAGAACCCAUUUUUGUCCAAUGAUAGUGGGAGGGAAAGGUUUAGGACAAAGGCCAUUGCUGGGCUGGAUUUUGGUGGGUUUGAGAGUGCUCAAUCAGUUCUUGAAGCAGCUGGAGUAUUAACUGGUAUCAUUGUUGUACAUGAAAGUGGUCAUUUUUUGGCAGCUUAUCUUCAGGGCAUCCAUGUGAGUAAAUUUGCAGUUGGGUUUGGUCCAAUCUUAGCAAAGUUUAAUGCAAACAAUGUAGAAUAUUCGAUUAGAGCAUUUCCUCUAGGUGGUUUUGUGGGUUUCCCUGAUAAUGAUCCUGAUAGUGAUAUUCCAGCGGACGAUGUGAAUUUACUGAAAAAUAGACCAAUAUUUGAUAGGGUUCUUGUUAUUUCUGCUGGUGUGAUUGCUAAUAUUAUCUUUGCCUAUGUUAUAAUCUUCGCACAAGUGUUGUCUGUUGGAUUGCCUGUUCAAGAGGCCUUUCCUGGGGUACUUGUGCCUGAGGUUAGGCCUUAUUUAGCUGCUUCGCGGGAUGGGGUACUGCCUGGUGAUGUUAUUUUAGCUGUCAAUGACAUUGAAUUGUCAAAAACAGGUCCUAAUUUAGUUUCUGAAGUUGUUGAUGUUAUUAAGAGAAGUCCUGGAAGAAAUAUAUUGUUUAAGAUUGGAAGGGGGCAGCAGAAUGUUGAGAUUUAUGUCACCCCUGAUGAGAAUUCAGAUGGAACUGGUAGGAUUGGAGUUCAAUUAUCACCAAAUGUUAAGAUUUCGAAUAUUAAACCAAAGAAUAUUAUGGAAUCUUUUAGUUACUCAGGACGUGAAUUUUGGGGCUUGACGUCGAAUGUCCUGGACAGUUUGAAACAGACAUUCUUAAAUUUCUCUCAAUCUGCCAGUAAGGUUUCGGGUCCAGUUGCCAUUAUAGCCGUUGGUGCAGAAGUUGCUAAGUCAAACAUUGAUGGCCUUUUCCAAUUUGCAGCUGUUUUAAAUCUUAAUCUUGCAGUAAUUAAUCUUCUUCCUCUACCUGCUUUAGACGGGGGCUCGUUGGCAUUGAUCCUGAUAGAAGCAGUAAGAGGAGGGAGAAAGCUUCCAUUAGAAUUAGAGCAGCAGAUUAUGUCAUCUGGCAUUAUGCUUGUUAUAGUUCUCGGGGUGUUCCUUCUUGUUCGUGACACAUUAAACCUCGACUUCAUCAAAGAUUUAUUAUGAUUCUCAGGCCAGCUUACUUUGUGAAUUGUAAUCUGUUCUGAAUAUAGUUCCAGAUAUAAAUUUGGACUUGGGUUGAUUCUUUGAGAUAUCUCGCCAAGGAGAUGGAAGAUGCCUGGAUCACUUGAUGCUUUUGUUUCUCUUAUGACCUUGUAUUCAGGUGCUUUUGGCCUUUCGAUAAAAUUCCAAUAGGAUUACAUUGCUAUGUAUAUUGCUUGUUGCUCAUACCGUCUGAAUUAUAGCCUUAAACACAAUUAUGACCACCUUUGCAUUUUUUUGCAAUUAUGAACCAUUAUAUUGCGUUCUUAUUCAUCAUAAACUAGCUGGAGUCGAGCUCAAGGUAUAACUUAUUAAUGGCUUUCAAUUUUCGCAAA